AUGAAGACGAUAAUCGACUUUACGUGUAGUGCCCUGCUGUUGGCCGAAUACUUCGGUCACGUGACUGGACUACCCCCAACUGACGAAUGGGAAAAAUUUAAAGUCGACUACGGAAAAGUGUAUGAAGGAACCGAGGACGUCAAGAGGCACCAGAUCUGGAAAGCAAAUGUGAAGUUCAUUAAUCAGCAUAACAGAGAAGCAAACAAGGGACGUCACUCGUACCGCCUCGGUGUGAACGCGUUCGCAGAUAUGGAAGUGACCAACUGGACAGUGACCGACGCAGAUAACGGUAGCAGUCAUUAUGUUCUACUUCAGGGUAUGUGUGCUUCUCCAUGGGCUUUUGCAGUGACCGGUGCUACGGAAGCCCGGAAUGCCAUCUAUUGUCCACCACAUAAACUCGUAUCGCUGUCAGAACAAAACCUGGUGGACUGUUCUAACAAAUACGGUAAUUUCGGCUGUGAAGGAGGACUGGUGGACCAAGCAUACGGGUACAUCAUUAAUAAUGGGGGCAUAGACACAGAGGCAUCUUAUCCAUAUGAAGCAAGGAAUGACAAAUGUCGCUUUAACCCUGGCACAGUUGGUGCAGAUAUCCGUGGCUGUGUGGAUUUGCCAAAAGGCAAUGAGACUGCCAUGCAGAUUGUUGUCUUCACGAACGGCCCAGUGGCGGUGGGACUUCAUGCUGAUCUGAACUCUUUCACAUUCUACAAAUCGGGUGUGUACGACGAUCCAUUGUGUACCCCAGACGAACUGGAUCACGCUGCCCUAGUUGUUGGAUAUGGUAUGAUAGACGGAAAGAAAUACUGGAUCGUUAAAAACAGUUAUGGCGAAUCAUGGGGAGAACGAGGCUACAUUCUCAUCGCGCGUGACCAUGGCAACCGUUGUGGGAUUUCAAAUUACGCCAGCUAUCCUGAGAUGUUAUGUCAAUCCUAG